AUGAGGUCGUGGUUGACGGUAGUAAACUGGGUGGUGAUGGUACUGUUGAUUCAACUCCAUGGAGGCCUGUGUUGUUGGGAAGAAGAGAGAUUAGGUCUUUUAGAUUUCAAGGCCUUCUUCAAAUCAAACAGUGAAGAUGCCAUCGAUCUUCUUCCUUCAUGGCUUGAUGACGAUUACAGUGACUGCUGCAACUGGGAGCGAGUCACCUGCAACUCAACCACAGACCGAGUCACUCAACUAUGGCUUGACAAUCUCAAUAACAACAGUCUCAGUGACUACUAUUACAUUCACUAUCAACCUGAAAAUAUUUUGUUUCUAAAUUUUUCCAUCUUCUUGCCCUUUAAACAUCUGAUAAGUCUGAAUUUGUCCAUGAACAAUUUAUUUGGUUCGAUUGGAAAUGCAGCACCGGAGAAUUUGGAGUUGUUGGAUCUAAGUUGGAAUCGAUUCAAUUCUUCUCUUUUGCCACAAGAUCCCUCGAGCUUUUCCAGAUUUAGGAAACUAAAGCACCUGGAUUUAAGUUAUAACUCUUUUGACAAUGGAAUCUUGAGAUACUUGAAUCAUCUCCCUGCUAUUACAUCUCUAUCCUUGGCGUCUAAUAACAUGGGAGGACCACUUUCUAGCCAUGAUUUCAAAAACCUCAGCAAUUUGGAGAAGCUUUAUUUGACCGGGAAUAACUUUAACGGAUCCCUUCCAUUCUAG